AUGGAAAAUUUGAAAAACUUCAAUUUCGCAGAAUUCGAGAAAGUUCUGGAUCUGGAAAUUUGGAGAAAUGAGGAGAAUCCAAAAAAUCAGUUGAGAUUGGUUUUUGGUUUUAAUGAAAUUUCUGAACGUGUUAUGGAAACAAUUGAAAAGGCAUUCUCCAAUUGCUCCUACUUCGAAUCAAUUGUAAUUAAAGCUAAGAUAAUUGACCAAUUAUCUCUAACAAAAACUUUCGGUCCCCCGAAACCAGAAACCGAUCAAUUCGAAGAAGGUCACAGAAUGGAAAUUUCAAAUUCUAAUGGAGACUUGUUAAUUUAUUCAUUUGAAGAUGGUUUUCAUUAUUUUUCUCGAUUCCAAAAAGAUUUGGAAUCUGAAAUUUCAAGUUUGGAGGGGGAUUUGGAAGAAUUAUCAAUCUGUGAAAAUUUGGAAUGCCUGAAUUUAAUUCGAAAUUUACCAGAGCAUCUAAAAUCCUUAUGUUUGGUCCCUUCUGAUAGCAACAUUCCGCGGGAAAUUUUUGAAAAUCAUAUAAUUUUAGAACGUGUUUUAAAGAACCAGCAAUUGUUUGAAAUCGCGAUUCUUGAAAAAGUCUCAUCUGGAAUUCGUCGAAGUAUUUCGAUAAUCAAACCGGAUCCAAAAAUAAAAUCGAUAUUGAUUUAUUUGUCAGAUCCGGAAAAUAUCCAAUUUUUAAUUUCAACUCAAAAUGGGGAUCGCAAAAGUUUGAAUUACAAAUCAACUGGUUCGAACACUUGUAUUGUCAAAACACAUGGGCCAACUUAUAUAAAAUCGAUAAAUCAAAAUUCAAGAUAUCGAUUUUUUGAAGACCUGAAAAAAAUGUUGCGAUUUCAAAAAUCUGAAAUCGAAUCUCUGCGACUCGACUUUUCGAAUUUGAAUUUUUUCCCAUCCCCAAUGGUUUUCGAAAUCGAUGAUUCCGAAACUCCGAUCGAUUAUGAUUUGGUGGAGAAGUCGAAUUUGGAAUUUUUAGACAAAUUCCAAAAUGUUCUGAAAAAACUGAGACCUCUCAAAAUCCGAGAAUUGUCUUUACGAUGCGUACAGGAAGGCGAUUUACGCACAGUUCUGGAGUUUCUGGAGCCAGGAUUUUUGAAAAAAAUCGAUAUUGAAUAUUUUUGCGAUUUUCGAAAUGAGAAAGUUUCGAGAAACGGCAUUUUGACAGUACCGUAUCCGGACCGUCGAAGCUAUCCAAGAACGCUGGAAUUAAGAAACGUCUCAAAAAUGGAGCAAUGGAUGUUGGCUGAAAAUCUGGAAAUUGAGAAAUAUCGAAUUCUUACUCCAAUUCAAAAUUUCAACAUUGCUCAUUUCAAAAAGGGAAAGAUUACUGUAGAAAGUAUGAGCUCUGAAGAUGUAGUCUUUUUGAAAAAUAUAUUCUUGGCAAAUCCGUCGCUAGAAAAAUUCAUAGUCCAAAUCAAUCAAUGUCAAAUCGAUGUGAGCCUCUAUCAUCCUGAUUUUUUGGGAAAUCCAGUUAUAGCAUCGCUGAAGGCACAGGCUUGGUAUUUUCAGUAUCCAGAAUCGGAAAAUUAUCUACAUAUUAAGUAUAAUGUAUUUCAAUCAAUAACUUUUUCAAAAGUCCAUAGCUCUGUUGUACCGGCUCCCAAUCAAUAA